AUGUUCAGGGCAAAUCGUGGAAUGUCUAAGGAUCGUGUAAGGUUUGUGAUUCGGUGUGACCACUGUGAGCGAGAAUUCUUCACAACUACCUCGGAUAUUAUGGCUAUCACUGCAGCUGAAAAAAGAAAACGUGAGAAUAUAUAUUAUCAGAAAUUAAAGAAAAAAGUCCCUGUAAAAUACGAUGUUGAGAAAACGAUACAAUUGUUACGACUUGCCAAGAACGUCGUUUUGUACUUAGUUUUAAGUGAUAAGCCGUGGGAGGACCGCAGAUUCAAAGAUCAUCGCUCAAAAUUGGCGAAAAUGCGUGCAGCGGUGGAUACGCGUGCUCCAGCCGCGCGGCCGCACGUGGCACUGAAGCUGAAGAAGGCGAGCCAGGAGCAGGAGCGCACCGACCGGGUGCAGCGCGAUAACUACACCAUACUGCAGCGGCUCGAGCGAAUCAUGAAGGUCAACCGCCUCGACAAUCGCUGGUCGAAGCCGUUACCGAAUUUUCAACAAAAAGUGGGUCUGUUCUACGACGUGGAGUCUUUAAACAGUAAGGUCGCAGCUCGCUCGCACAUCGCCGAGGAGUCCGAAGAGAGUUACCAUAACGUGAAAUGUUACGCGUGCGAUAUAAAGAAAAAGCAGUACAACUUCGCUGUGACCAAGCCGAAGCCGCCUCAAGACUUUCUCCCUUCAAUUUAUUCAAACUGA